AUGGGAACAGCAACGUAUUAUUAUCAAACCUUAGAUCCAUCAUUAGUAUCACAAAUAUCCAAUGGAACUUCUAUGAAUUAUGCUAGUCAAAUUAAUUCAUAUAAUAACGAUCAACCAAUACAUUUAUUUGUAUUGAUUGCUUUAUGGAUUGUUUUAUUAGUAACAAUUAUAUUUGGUACAACAGGAAAUGUUCUCGUACUUUAUGUCUAUAUUAACCGUAAAGAUAAUAAAACAUGUACAUUUUUUAUAAAAAUGUUAGCUGUUGUUGAUUUAAUUAUAUGUUUGAUUUUGGCACCUUUAGAAUUAUAUCAAAUAACAACAGGUAUUCGAAAUGAAUUUUUGUGUAAAUUUUAUGGUUUUCUAUCAACGCACGUACUCUAUUCAACGCUUCUAAUAACAACAAUAGCAUUCGAUCGAUAUUUCUGUAUAUGUUGGCCAUUAUAUAAAAUUAUUACUAUACAUCGAGCACGUGCUAUAGUUAUUGUUUGUGGUCUAUUCUCAUCAUUAUUAGCUAUUAUACCAAUGACAGAAUAUUCAACAUUAGAGCAUUUGUUGCAAGUACACAAUAAUCACUCUGAACGUUUUUCUAUAAAAUAUUCUGAUGAAAAUAAUUUAUUAACGUAUAACCAUGUUGAACAUAUUAAAAAAAUCGAUUCUUCAGUACCGUUUAUAGUAGGCAAUAUGACAGACGUUAUUUGUAGCCCAAAAUCUAAUUUACAUCUUGCAUCAUCAACAUUUAUCGAUAGUUAUCGAAUGUUUCAUAGCACAUUAUUUGCAAUUUGUCUUUUACUGGUACUUGUUCUUUAUGCAUUUAUCUAUAAUGCUGUUUAUCAACGUCGUAUCACGCGUACAAGAAAAUUAUCCGCUUAUCGUCGUAUAAUUCGUUCUUAUCUAAUGCAUAAUGAAGUUGAAUCUACAGGUAGAGGUACAAGAUCAGCGAAAAACUUUCGCCAUCAUCAUCACCAUAAUUUUCCUGAUGAACAUUCACCACCAUCAACAUUAACGCUUAUUUGUUGUUAUUGUUGUAAAACGAGUAAUGAAUAUAUGCAUGAAUUACAACGUCCAUCAGAAGCAGCUCUACAUGAACCAUUAAAUCAACGAGGACGACGCCAAUUACAUCUUCACCAUAUGCAAGAUGAACCAUCAUCAGCAUUAACCAAUCAGCAUCAUCAUAGGCCACAAAUUGUUUUAGAAGUAAACGGCGCACGUGGUAAACGUUAUUCAGCUAUAUCGAUGACAUCAAUGACUUAUUUAACAAGUGGAAUAUGGGACGAAACAACAUCAACAAAUUUAAUACGUUCAAGAAUUAAUUCAAUAGCUGCAACAACUUAUUGUGGAACUGAACAUUCAUCAAAUAGUCGACCGUCAACAUCAACUGAAGAUUCAUUUGACCAAACAACAAAACUAUUAUCGCCUAACAAUACAUUUCAAUUACGUUCCAUGACACCACCAAGUGCAACACAUUUAACUGUACCUGGAUUACAAACACCGCCGCCAACAACACCAACAUUAGCACCAACAUCAGAUGAAUUUAUUACUAAAGAUAAUCAAUUAAAAGAAAACGAACUACCAAGAAGUGUAUCACAAUGUGCAAAUUUACGUCAUUCAUCCAUUGCACGUAAAUCAAGUAAUACAUUAUCGAUUCGACAACAACAAAGACCAUCAGAUACAUCGGUUCAUCAAAGAAAAGUAUCAUUUCUGACGUCUGGUGGACUAGCUGAUCAGUGUAUUAGUGAAGAUUCAUCCAAUACUUAUCAAAGAUCUAGUUUAACUCCACAUAAUUUAUCACUAUUAGUUAAUCAAUCCCAACAACAACAACAACAACAACAAAAUCAAUUAACUGUUCAUAUAAAUAAUAAUCGUUCAUUAUCAACCGUAUCAUCUAUUGAUCAUAGAAAUUCUUCAAUACGAAAUUUUUCUAUAUCAUCAGCACGUCGUCCAUCAACAUUUGAUGGUGAAACGCAACGUGUACUUGAACGACAACAAACACAAGAACGUUUAGCAAAUAUUCGAACAACAUUUACAUUAUUUAUAGUCACAGCUGUAUUUAUUCUUAUGUAUUUACCAUCCUUAAUUCAUACAUUAUUUAAGAUUGAGCCACACAAUUUUCGUGAAAUUCUUUUUAUACUUUACUACAUUAACAGUGCGUGCAAUCCACUCAUAUAUUCAUUUUUUAAUGUAAAUUUUCGUAACGAUAUUCGUCGUAUUUAUGAAUGCCAAAAGCGCGAAUACUUUGCUCGUCAAUAUUAA